GGGCCGGGCCGGGGGCAGGCGGCGGCGGCGGGCGGGAGCUGGAGAUGCACACCAUCAGCUCCAAGGUGUUCGGGGACAUCCUGGACUUCGCCUACACCUCGCGCAUCGUGGUGCGGCUGGAGAGCUUCCCGGAGCUCAUGACGGCGGCCAAGUUCCUGCUCAUGCGCUCCGUCAUCGACAUCUGCCAGGAGGUCAUCAAGCAGUCCAACGUGCAGAUCCUCGUGCCCCCCACGCGCCCCGACAUCAUGCUCUUCCGCCCCGGCGCCGCCGACCUGGGCUUUCCGCUCGACAUGACCAACGGCGCCGGCCUGGCGCCCAACGGCAACGGCAUCGCCGGCAUGCCCGAGGACGAGGCCACCCGCGCCGCGCUCAGCGCCGCACAGUCCUCCUUGCCUGUGCUGCAGGGCGUGGACCGCCUGCCCAUGGUGGCGGGGCCCCUCUCGCCCCCGCUGCUGGCCUCGCCCUUCCAGAACGUGGGCACCAGCGCCCCCCCUCUGGGCACCAAGAGGGGCCGGGGGCGGCCCCGCAAGGCCAACCUCUUGGACUCCAUGAUGUUUGGCACUCCGGGAGGCCUGCGCGAGGCAGGCAUCCUGCCCUGCGGCCUGUGCGGGAAGGUGUUCACCGAUGCCAACCGCCUUCGGCAGCAUGAGGCUCAGCAUGGGGUGACCAGCCUGCAGCUGGGUUACAUAGACAUCCCGCCACCCAGGCUGGGCGAGAACGGGGUGCCUGGUCAGGAUGACCCUGACGCCCCCCGAAAGAGGAGCAGGACGAGGAAACAGGUGGCCUGCGAGAUCUGUGGCAAGAUCUUUCGGGACGUGUACCAUCUGAAUCGGCACAAGCUGUCGCACUCCGGCGAGAAGCCCUACUCGUGCCCGGUGUGCGGGUUGCGGUUCAAGCGCAAGGACAGGAUGUCCUACCACGUGCGGUCCCAUGAUGGCUCCGUGGGGAAGCCAUACAUCUGCCAGAGCUGUGGGAAGGGCUUUUCCAGGCCAGACCACUUGAAUGGGCACAUCAAACAGGUGCACACGUCGGAGAGACCUCACAAGUGUCAGUUACUAAGUGUGGCUACCGAGGAGGAAAAUAACUUAAUGUUGCAGGAAAAUGGCAGCCACCAUGGAAUAAGCUCAGAGACAUCCACAGCCAUAGAAAAGUUGAACCUUCAAGAGACCUGUAAUGCUUCUUUUGCCACCCGUGACAGACUGCGCUCACACCUAGCAUGUCAUGAAGACAAAGUUCCAUGCCAGGUGUGUGGGAAGUACUUGCGGGCAGCAUACAUGGCAGACCAUUUGAAGAAACACAGCGAAGGACCAAGCAACUUCUGCACUAUCUGCAACCGAGGUUUCUCCUCUGCCUCCUACUUAAAGGUCCAUGUUAAAACCCACCACGGUGUUCCCCUUCCCCAGGUCUCCAGGCACCAGGAGUCCAUCCCGAAUGGGGGAGCAGCGUUCCACUGCGUCAGGACCUAUGGCAUCAAAGAAGGCCAGAAAUGCUCACAUUCGGACCCGAUUGAGAGUUCUGAUUCCUAUGGAGACCUCUCUGACACCAGUGACCUCAAGACUCCAGAGAAACAGAGCACGAAUGGGUCCUUCUCCUGCGACAUGACAGUCACCAAAAACAAAAUGGAGACAGAGGGAGAGAAGAAAUACCCUUGCCCUGAAUGUGGCAGCUUUUUCAGAUCCAAGUCUUAUCUGAACAAACAUAUACAGAAAGUUCACGUCCGGGCUAUUGGGGGCCCAUUGGGGGACCUGGGCCCUGCUUUAGGGUCCCCCUUUUCACCCCAACAGAACAUGUCUCUCCUGGAGUCAUUUGGGUUUCAGAUUGUCCAGUCAGCAUUUGCAUCGUCCCUAGUGGAUCCAGAGGUCGACCAGCAACCAAUGGGGCCUGAGGGAAAAUGAAAUGAGCUUAACCUUAACUAAGCAAAGCAGCAGUCUGGUCAUUAACUACAAAAUGCUGUGAAUGAGAGGAGUAAUGAAAUUUGGUUCUGUAGCUGAGAAAUGUUUAUUCAUUUUUAGCUCCCUUUCCUGUAUUACACCUGGUCCCACCUUUAACCCUCUUUAGGGAGGGGACAGGCUUUCCAGCCGAUGACUUGCAGGAAAUCUACAUGACCCUAAAUGGGAGACAUGAUCUAAAAUACCGCCUAGAGCUCAAAAUGCUUUUGCCAGAGCUCCAAGAUUAGUCUUCUAGAAUAAAAGCUGUGCAUACUGGUCUGAGAGGUGCAGGCAGCCCUAGUGACCUGUACAUCUGGAAAACUAGGGCUUUUUAUGCCUUUGUCCCCUCCCUAUUUUUCCCUCCUGCCCUUCCCAACCUACCCCCAAAAAAGCAGUAAGUUUAACACACGUACCCAUUACUGAUUGCGUAUAACACAAACGCAAGCCCGGGGUACCAAGCAAGCUGCAGUGCAGUUGUCCUUUUAAAAACAUUAAGAUUUUUUUUAAGAAGGCAAAAGAAUUUGGACCCCUUCUGCCAUUUGUGAGGCUGCGAGUGCUGCAGCAGGACUGAACUGCUGAAGAAAAAGAACCAUCACCCAAAACAGGUUAUUUUUGUUACUUUUAACCAUUAAACUUGCUGUCGGGUUUUUAAUUCUCCAUUAUUAUUAUUAUUAUUAUUUUUAGGACCUGUUGUAGUGAAUUGCUACUGAAAAGCCAGUCCAGGGCGAUAUACAGAGCACUCUUAAAGCAGCAGUCACAUUAGGGUUAGUAUUCAUUUUUUAGAUGUAUCAUAAUUAAUAACUUGGCUAGUUGAUUGUUUUAAGUCUAUGGAAGAAAUAGUUUUAUGCAAAAAAGAAAAGAGAAAAAGAAAGAAAGGAAAUAACCUUGCAGUCUGGUUGACUGGUGCUUGUUUUAUGCGUGGGACCCAGAAAAUGAAUGUGGUCAGCAAGCGGAUGAACUAUGUACCAUUGACUUGUUUAGUGUGAAUAAACCCAGGGUUCACAGAGUGAUUUUUGGAUUAAUCGGAUUGGACUGUAUUAAAGAAGUUAGUAUGUUACUUUACAUCCCCUGGUUUUGUCUGGUUUUUAAGCAGCUCAGCCACCUAUCUGGGAGGUGUGCAACUGAGAGCCAAAAAGUAGGGUCCCCCCUCUCCUUAUUGCACACCUAGUGACCUGGACCUAAGAUGCCAGCACAGCCCUCCUUAUUUUCCUUUAAUUGGGCUUGUACAAAGCAGUCCUAUUUUCUUAUCUGUCUCCAGAGCAGAAAUGAUUCCAGCAGGUCAGGGAGGGAUCUAAACCAGAGCAGACCUCCAAAAAAGGACCCUGCACAGAAUACUGAGUUGGGCUCUGUAACGUUGAGGAUUCCACUGAGCAGACUACACAUGGAGAGAGAUCAAGUGCCCCAUAUUAAAAAGCUUGACAAAUUAUGCACCAAAAACCAAGUGUAAGCCUGGGUUGAUGUACUGAAUGCAAGGUUAGGAAGUGGGAAUGUGUUGUGUUAUAAUUAUGGUUCUGUUGUUGAAGGUCAAGAUUACAUAGUGCAAGUCACUGAAUUGCUGCCUUAAUUUCCCAUUUGUAAAAUAAAGGACUGCCCCUUACAUCCCCAAGGAGUUGCAGUGGGUUAACUAGUGAAAUUCUGCACUGGGCUUUGGAAAUGCCAGACUUGCUGGGUAUUACUUGAUCUAUCAAUUAGAAGUGCAUGAGACCCACAUCAGAUUUACAGGUUGUGGAGCAUAUCUGCAAAUACAGCACUGCGCUUGGUUCAAGGCAGAACAGUACAGGGUGGGGCCUGUACUCCUUGGGUUGUACCUCUGUGUUACAGGUGUGUGCAACCAGGAGCCAUUUUGUAGAACUCUCCACGCUUUUCCUGAUCAUUCCUAAUCAAAGUCCUGUAACUAGAACGUAGCUGGAAGUGGUGUACUGUUGGAUUGUACUUCCUAUUGCUGCCAUUGGCAUAAAGCAUCACAGGGUGGUUGUGGGGGAAAGUUUUCAAGAUUUUGAUUUCACCCUCUUCCAGUCAUCACAGCUACUCAAAAUCUCUGACUUGACUUGCACAGGAAGUUGUUCUUUUAUUUGGCAGUACUUUUGAGUAAUCUGCAGCAAAAGACAAUCUGGAACCUACUUUACAUGCUACCAGUCCAGCCCAGAUAGAGGGCUUCUGGUGGUGGUUACACAUUUGAUACGAAAUUUACUGGUUGCUGCUAACUUGCAGAAAGAAGGGAUUGGAUAUCAUCUCUUUUGCUUCCAUCUCAUCCCCAUUCCCUCAAAAGCAUCUCCAGAAAAUGUCUUAUUUUAAGAAAAACUGGAUUU